AUUGAUCAUUGACCCAUCCCCUGCUGGCCUGUUCAUUGGUAAAGUUGUAUCAACUCUUUACUCAUUUCUACUCGGCAAUUAAAGACUCCGGCAGUCAAAUGCCGUCGGAAGACUAAAUCCGGUGACCUCCCAACGAUUCUCUCUCCACUUGCAGGAUGGGAAAUGAUACCAAGGCUAGUUGUAAGGGUAAGGAUGAGGAAAUUAAUGAUAUAAAAGGGAGAAACAUUGGUAACAGAUCAUCAAGCAGUUUGGGUGCUGCUAAUGAUACUUGUGGUCUAAGAAAGUCAGCUAGAGAAACAUCAUUGAAGAAAAACUUGACUCCAAGCCCUUCAAGUAGUAGAAAGUCUGAACGUAUUGAGAAGCAGACCCCCCUACAAUUCCUCCUGUUACGAGGAAAUCUGAGAGAUUGGUUGAGAAACAAAGUUUACCGACUUCUUCUAGAAGCCUGAGAAGGGUAAGAAUCAGUUGUCAUCUAGUUCUUCUGGUUCAACGAAGUGUGGUAAAAGCUCGGGCUCUUUAAUUAUGGAGGAAAAGCACAAGAAAGAGAAGAGGGUGAAAGAACUUGAAACUGAAGAAGUUGGAAACAGUGACAAACCUGUUAUCAAAACUGUCCUGGUUGGAAUUAAGAGAAUGGAUGCUCGUGCUUACAGGGAGCUGUUCAAACAGAAACAAAAGAAAGCUAAACUGGAAGGUAGCGAAGAUCUGAUAGUAAAUAGGACACCUGGGGUUGAUACUGAGGUGAAGAGUGGUUGCAAAGUGAUGCCUUCUAAACAAAAAAGGAGUAUUGAUGACUUGAAUUUUGAUGCUACGGAAAUGGUUUCAAAUGAAGAUGGCGAUGCAGCUCCAUAUGAGUGCAGCAGAACUGAUUCUGUGGAUUCAUGUUCCAAAAGGCAAAGGUUGAAGAAGCGCAAUAAAGUGUCCAACAGUAACACUGAUGCGCCUUCUCUGAAAACUGCUUUAAUAGGAACUUCUGGAGCUCCAGUGCAGAAGAUGUCUCAAGUCAUGCCAAGUUCAAUUAGCCUUCUUAACACAACUGAUGCGAAUCACGUACCAACUUCUCACAUUUGACCAGUAAAUUUUCACAAGUACUGAAAGCUGACAUGGUUGGGUAUAAUGGAGGAAGGAACUUGCAUGAUGAUUCUGAGAAGAGUCUCCAUCUUUUUUUGAAGCCUGAGAUAGCAAAACUUUGUGAAAUUUUGCAACUCCCAGAAAAUGUCAAAGUCAUGGUGGAACAAUUUCUGGAAUAUGUACUGAAUAAUCACCAUGUCAGUAGAGAACCACCUAGCGUAUUGCAGGCGUUUCUGAUAUCCCUGUGUUGGACUGCAGCUUCCAUGCUAAAGUACAAACUUGAUCACAAAGAAUCACUUGCACUUGCAAAAGAGCAUUUGAAUUUCAGCUGCAAGAAAGACGAGGCAGAUUUCGUUUACUCAAAGUUGCGAUGUCUGAGGAAAGUAUUUCUUUAUCGCACUGGGACUUGUAAGGUAGCUGGCUCUCCAAAUGCUUCAGGUUUUUCAUUAGAAGAUUUCAGUCAGAAUCAGUCAAAUGGAAGAUCUUCACUGUCAACACCAUCUAACAUGCAAAAAGUGAGAAUGGAGGUUGAACACCUCAGAUCUGGUCAGGAGUUCUCCAUUGAUCAGGUCCUUUCUCAUCUGGAAUUGGCACAAAAAGAUUACUCAAAAAGUAUCAAAGACAUUGAAAAGAAAUGUGAUAAACAGAUGAGGAAGCUAUUGCAGAGGCAACAAGAAGAAAGGGAAGAGUUUGAAAAGAAGUAUGAGCAAGACAAGGCAGAGCUCAAACAUAAGCAAAGAACAGAGGCAGCUGUUAUUCGUUUGCACAGUAAUAGUUCAGUGGAUAAACUUAAGAUGCUGGAUAAUGUAUAUGCAAAAGAGUUCGAAAAACUUAAACGGCAGAUGGAUAUGCGUCUUAAUAAUCUUUUGAAGUUGCAACUGGCUACAAGGCACAAGUUGAAAGAGAGGAGGGCUCAAUGGAUUGAAGGAGUGAAGUCCUGGGCACAUGCUGAAUUAAUAAAUAAACCACCUGCAAAUGAGUCUGGAUAUGAUCAAGAAAACACUGUCACCUCGAAUUCUUGUUCCAAAGAACAGACUCCCAAACGAGUCCAAAGCAUGCCAGAUGGAGAUGUUCCACUGGAAGUUCCUGAAAAUGUGAGUUCAAGUGAGGAUGUACUUCCUGGGGUAAUGGCUGCUUCCAAACCAAUGUCCGAUGGAGCUGCAUCCAGCAUGCUUGACCAAGAGGUUCCCUUGGAAGUGGCUCAGGCUGCAAGUGCGAGGGAUGUUUCAGAGGAUGUUGUGUCUGUAAAUUCAUCUCCAUGUGAAGAAAAAAAUCCUAAUUUAAAGAUUACAUUGAGAAUACCUGAGGCUAACAGCUGUAAUGAUGGUCCAGAGAACAGCAUUCAUAAAUCAUCAUCUGAAGACGGUUCUGGUGGAGUUGCAUUAAUGGUGCCUGAUAGAGAAUUUCCAUUGGGAGUGACUGAGAUUGUCAGUUCCACUGGUGGCAUGGAGAAUGCUGCUUCUUUAAGUCCUUCACCUUGUGAAGGACAAACUUCUGCCAGAACCACGUCUUGCAUUGAUGGAAGAGAAGUUUUAUUGGAAGUGCCUGAAACAGCCCCUCCAGAAGCUGAGGAGGCUGUUAACACAACUUUGGAUAAAGAUGGCGUAGCCAGUAUGGAAUUGGGUAAUGCCAUUGAAGUUGAUAAGCAGAAUGGUGUGGUCUGUAUUCUUAAUCAAGAGUCUCACCUUGAUGUAGCAGCAGUCAACCUGCAAAAUGGAGAGUCUAUGUUAGAAGUGUCUGAAAACAAUAGAGUCAACCAGUCGGAUGAAGUGGUUCCAUCAGGGGUUUGUGAAACUCCAGUAGUGGGGAGUGGUACCUCUGGUCAAGAGAAUAGUGGAGUUUGUGUUACCACCCUGCCUUGUGGUACUGGAGUUGAUCAGCAGGCUGGAGUGCUUCCAUCAGGAGGUUUUGAAACUGCUACUGUUGCAGAAGUGGGGAGUGGCCCCACUUGGAGAGAGAUUGACGGAAUGCCUGCUGUGGCCUCAGAUAGUAGUCAACCAACUGAACCCUUUAGAUUGCAAGAUAGAGCUGCACAAUUUUGUGAUAACUGGAUUGCUUUUCAACAAAGUGGUGCCUCAGAAUCCCAACCUGUUGUAGUGUCCAAUCAAUCUCCAAAUGAUGCACCUGUCAGAGAGCAUACGCAGCAUUUGUUACCAUCCAUCAACUCCCGUACUAGUUCACAGCUUACAACUUCAUUUGCGCAACAUGUGCCUAUUGAUUUGAUAGCUGUUGGUGGAUCACAGAUGCAUAUAUCAAACAUGAGGAUAGAACCUGUUACUUCUAGAAUGAGCAAUCAUUCUGCAACUGCACCUGCUGUUCGAAUGCCUGUAUCCACGUCUCAAGAUCCACUGCAAAAUGAAUUGGAUAGAAUACGCACAGAAACAGACCAAAUUAUCAAGAUCCACGAAGAUACAAAGCUGCGGCUGAAAUCUGAUUGCGAGAAGGAGAUACAGGAAGUUGUCAGUCAAAUUCGCAGAACUUAUGAUUUUAAACUUCAGGAUUUAGAAUAUGAAUUCCUUCAGAAGAAGAAAGAGAUGGACGACAAUCAAAACAAAGUUCUCAUGAAUAAGAUAUUGGCGGAGGCAUUCAGGACCAAGUGCAAGGAUAAUAGGGCAUCUAAGCAGCAAGAGAUGACCUCUGGUGUUAUGCAGCAGCUGCUUCAGCCAUCCCAACCCUCUACACAUAGACCUUCUAUUGUUACUGGCCCGUAUUCAACUGGUCUUCCUGCAGUUAGUCCGCAGACAACUCCCACAUCUUCCCCUCCUGCCCCACCUGUACAGGCUGUUCAUCGCUCUGCACUCUUCUCAGCCACCCCAACCAGACCACCACAUAUCAGCUCCAUCUCUCCUACCACAAGCAAUCUCCAAGUUGGUACUGAGAUUCGAGCACCUGCUCCACACCUGCAACAUUUUAGAUCUUCGGCAUCCAUAUCGGCAAAUAGUCUUUCUUCCUUCCCAGGUGGGAUCCUUCAACAUGUACCUACAACUUCUCCAACACUUUCUGAGUUUCCUUCUCUAGCUCCAGCAACUGUGCAACAAUCUGGUCCUCGGAUUAUGACAAAUUUGCUCAAAAGCAUGGGACUUUUUCCUUCUAGAACAUCCUUCUCCAGACCAGAAUCGUUAAUGGAUGUAGAUAAUCAAACGAGCACAGAGAUUCCUUCCAUAGCUCCUGCAACUGUGCAACAAUCUGGUCCUCAGAUUAUGACAAAUUUGCUUGAAAGCAUGGGAAUUUUUCCUUCUAGAACAUCCCUCUCCAGACCAGAAUCGUUAAUGGAUGUAGAUAAUCAAACAAGUACAGGUGCAACUCAGCCUUGCAGUUUUCCCCCGCUAACAGAUUUGAAUUAUAACAUAAACUCAUUGGCUCAAGAAAGUGAGGUUGUUUGUUUAUCAGAUGAUGAUUGAUGUGGUCGGUUAGUUUCAUCUUCGUAGUUGUAGAUCAUAAUGUGUAGUUUUGUUUUUUGGAGCACUACUUCCACGGGUCCUCAUUGUGUUGCUAAUCUUUUUGCUGCAGAAUUUGUGGCUGUACAUAGUUGAAUGCUUCUCCUAGGUUAUGUGCAAGUUCAUAUCAUUCGCAUUCUCAUACUGUUUGAGUUUUUUCA